CAGUUACAGGCCAACACGCAGCAGCACGGGUCAACAUCGUCAACAUGGAGCCUUGUGGGCUGACAGCAGGUCAUUGUGGGCCUACACAGGUCAACAUCAUCAACAUGGAGCCACGUACAGGUCAACAUCGUCAACAUGGAGCCAUGUACAGGUCAACAUCAUCAACAUGGAGCCAUGUACAGGUCAACAUCGUCAACGUGGAGCCAUGUACAGGUCAACAUCAUCAACAUGGAGCCACGUACAGGUCAACAUCAUCAACGUGGAGCCAUGUACAGGUCAAUAUCAUCAACAUGGAGCCACGUACAGGUCAAUGUGAUCAACAUGGAGCCAUGUAUAGGUCAACAUCAUCAACGUGGAGCCAUGUACAGGUCAACAUCAUCAACGUGGAGCCAUGUACAGGUCAACAUCAUCAACAUGGAGCCAUGUACAGGUCAACAUCGUCAACAUGGAGCCAUGUACAGGUCAACAUCAUCAACAUGGAGCCAUGUACAGGUCAACAUCAUCAACAUGGAGCCAUGUACAGGUCAACAUCAUCAACAUGGAGCCAUGUACAGGUCAACAUCGUCAACAUGGAGCCACGUACAGGUCAACAUCGUCAACAUGGAGCCAUGUACAGGUCAACAUCAUCAACAUGGAGCCAUGUACAGGUCAAUAUCGUCAACAUGGAGCCAUGUACAGGUCAACAUCAUCAACGUGGAGCCAUGUACAGGUCAAUAUCGUCAACGUGGAGCCAUGUACAGGUCAACAUCAUCAACGUGGAGCCACGUGGGCUGACAGCAGGUCAUUGUGGGCCUACACAGGCCAAGCGCCGGCUGGAGCUGGAGGCGGAGCUUCGUGACCUCAGCAACCAGGUGGCGGCGCUGGGGCGGAGCCUGGCGCACGAAAGGGGGCGGAGCCUGGCGGAGGGCGGGGCUUUGAGGGCCCUCGAAAUCGCGGUGGGCGGAGCCAAAGCAAGAGUGGGCGGAGCUUUCCGGGCCCGGGAUCGAGCAUGGGAGCGGCUGCGGCAGCAGCAGGAGGCCGGUCGCGGGUUGUGGGCGGAGCUUGAGGCGGCACGUGCGGCGCGGGAAGGGGCGGAGCUUCGGGCGCAGGAGGCGGAGUCACAAUGCCGGGAAAAGGAGGCGGAGCUGAAGAGGAUGCGGCAGGCAGUGGCUGCAGCCCAGCAUGCCCCGGCGGCAGGCAGAACAGGAGCGGGACGACGCCUCCACCCGCGUGCCCCUCCCACCCCCAACCACGGGGGACCUCGACCCUGUGGGGCUGCAGGCAGCGCUGGUGGAACUGAGGGGGCACAACUGGGAGCUGCGGCAGCGCCUGCACCAAAGGCUUGAGGAGGCUGAGGAGCUGCAGCGGGCGCUGCUGGCUGCCAAGGCGAGGAGCAGAGCGGCGGCGGAGGCGAAGGCGCAGCUGGAAAGGGAGCGGAAGGGGCUGCAGGGGAGGCUGCAGCACCCAUGGGUGCCCCCGCACCCAGCCGAAGGCACCCUGAGCGCCCGCUGCCGCCACCUGCAGGAGGCGCUGCGCCAAGAGGAGGGGGCGCGGGCGGCUCUCGGCCGGGCGGCUCGGGGGGCGGCGCGGCGCCUGCGGGGGCUGCAGGCGGAGCUGGAGGAGCAGCGGCUGCGGGGGGAGCGGCACCGGCUGCAGGCAGAAGCAAUCGAUGCCGCAUGCCGCGCGGCGCAGGAUCAGCUGGCGGUGGUGACAUUGGGGACGUCGCGAGCCAGGCUCAGGCUCAGAUCCUCCGCGGGGCCCUGGAUGAAAUCGGGGACGGCGCCGCAGCCACCGCCUGCCACGUGGCUGCACUGCGG